AGUUGAAUUUCAUUUGCUGUUUCCUUCAACUAGAAAACAUCACAUUGGAAGUUGUUGUCUAAGCCUCAUAGUAACUCAAUCUCACCUUGUCUCUGGUUGAUUAAUCUUCAGUUAAUUGUAACAAUUUAGUCCAGUUAAUUAGAAAGAAAUUUACAAUCAUGUUCACAUUACGACAAAUAGUUAAAUCAACUGCCAAUUCACUGAACCAAGGAUUUUAUUUUCAACGAUGUCAAGCUCAUGUUGGUUGGAUUGGUCUCGGUUUCAUGGGAACUCCAAUGGCGACUCAUUUGAUCAACAAAGGCAAUUCUUUGGUUGUUUAUGAUGUCAAUUCAUCGGCUGUUGAAUCUUUCAAGGCUAAAGGUGCCAUUGUCGCUUCCAGUCCUGCCGAAGUUGCCGAAAAAUGUGACCGAGUGUUCACCAUGGUUCCCGCUGAUCCUUACGUAAUUGAAGUUUUCUCCGGUUCCAAUGGACUCUUGACCAAAGCCUCUAAAGGAACCAUUCUCAUGGAUUGUUCAACUGUCCAUCCAAACACAUCGAAAAAGUUACUUGAACUAAGCAAUGCCGCUGGUGUUGAUUUUCUGGACACUCCGGUCGCUGGUGCUGUUCCUGCCGCUAAUGCUGGUACACUUACCUUUAUGUGCGGAGGUAAAGCCGAUGUAGUCAAGAAGAUUGAAUCACUUUUACUUUGUAUGGGUCGUCGGGUUAUCCAUUGUGGUGACGUUGGCGCUGGAUCGGCAGCCAAAAUCUGUAAUAACAUGAUGCUCGCCAUCUCCAUGAUCGGUACCUCAGAGACACUUAACCUUGCCCAAGGUCUUGGUUUGGAUCCUAAACAGAUGACAGAGAUUCUUAACAUUAGCUCAGGUCGAACCUGGUGCUCGGAUACUUAUAAUCCUGUUCCCGGUAUAAUGGAAAAUGUUCCGGCAUCGAGAGAUUAUAAACCAGGAUUUAAGGUCGAACUUAUCGCCAAAGAUUUGGGUAUUUCUCAGUCUUGUGCCAGUUUAACCGAUGCCCCCACUCCUAUGGGCGCCUUGGCCUUGUCCAUUUACAAAGCAAUGACCAACAAUGGACACGGAGAGAAAGACUUUUCUUAUGCUUACCAAUUCCUCUUGAAAAAGGUCACCGGUGGUGUUAGAAAAAGUUAAAUCAAUCAACUCAAUUACCAUCAAAUUAACUAACCAAACGUAGAGAUUAAUGAUUAGAAAUUUAAUCAUAUCCAUUUACUAAUCAAUUUAAGUUUGACUAUUUUUUGUGGGAAUCAAUGUUUUAUGUAAAUUGUAUUUCUCUGAACGGAUCAAAUUCAGUUGGAAGACUCGAAUUGUUAAUCAAUUGAACUUUUUUUUAUCUAAUAAACUUAAAGGAAGAAAAAUGAAACAAGUUUAA